AUGGAGGCUUUGAUCCAGGAGCUCCGGGCACAGUUGCAGCAGUCAGGUGAAGCCAUGGCUGCAAUGCAACAGCAGAUGCUGGUGCAAGGCCAGCAGCUGCAGGAGCUACGGGAAGCUCAGGCCGCCAGUUCAAGUGUGGCCCAGGCACCAGUGAGCCCACCGGCCCAGGUUGCUGCUACAGCGCCGGGUCAGGGAGGUGUCUUUGGGCUGCUCCCCUUGGUGGACACAAGAGGGCUCGGAAAGCCUGAGGUGUUUAAAGGAGAUCCAGCAACCUUCAACGACUGGGUCUUCAUCCUUCGGAGCUACAUGGGGGCGAUGGACAGGAGGUACCAAGCCUUACUCCAGAAGGCCGAGUCGUCGGAAAUCCAACUUUGGAACCGACUUCUCACUGAGGAGGAGCAAGGGCUGUCGACUCAGCUCUACUACGUCCUGGUGAUGCUCUGCAGGGGACGUGCGCUGGACAAGCUGCACAACUGUGGGGACAAUGAAGGUGUCGAGGCCUAUCGGCAGCUCUACCUGGAGUACAACCCGAAGCUCAACUCCAGAUAUGUGGGUCUGCUCCUGGAGAUCCUGCGCUACAAGUUCGAAGGGGAUUUGGUCAGUUGCAUCGAGUCCUUUGAGCGCAAGGUGAGGGAGUACGAGAAGCAGUCUGGGAAGGACGUGGACGACGAAACCGUCAUCGGGAUUGUCAUUCUGGGAGUGGAAGACCAGACGGUCAAGGAGCACCUCAUUAGGCACUCAUCCAGGCUUGACACCUGGAAGAAGAUGAGAGCGGAGAUCAUAGAGAUUGCCCGCACGCAGAAGUACUUGCAAAGCACGCCUCAACCGAUGGACGUAGGAGGCCUACCAAAGAAGCCGCAUAAGGGUUCCCCGAAGGGCGCCAAGGGUGAUGGAAAAGGCGACAAGGGCAAGAGCACCGGCAAGGACGCUGGCGGAAAGAAGGGUGGAGACAAAGGAGGCAAGGGCGACAAGAAGAAGGGCCCGUGCUUCUACUGUCAGAAACCCGGCCACACAAAGGCCGAGUGCAGGAAGCGAGCCGCGGACUUGAAAAAGGCCGAGAACAAAGGUAGGACGGCUGCAGCAGCCCCGGAAACCCAAGAGGAGCCCGAAAGUGAAGGCCUAGCAGCCUCAACCUUGUGUGUUGCAACUGUAGCAAACCCUGAAACCCACUGUAGGAUCCUUGUAGACACGGGGGCUGGGGGUGGUUUGGCUCCGGUUGGCUUUGACAACAAGGCCGUUGAGGUUGCAGGUGACAGGGUCCGCAUGAACACGGUCACGGGAGAAGCCUUGAAAUUGGGUAAGUGCAAGACUUCGUCGCUCAAGCAUGGGGAUGUGCCAGUUGAGUUUAACUACAGGGAAAGCAACAGCGUCCAGUUUCCUGUUAUCUCCAUGUCAGAAGCCAGUCAGAAGGGAACCUGGUUGGUGGUAGGGCCCUCGCACCAAUUCCUCGUAGGUCGCUGUGGUGGUGAGCAACUCAAGAAAGCUUUGAAGGAAGUCCCAAAAGUUCCUUUAGUGAAGGAUAAAGGUGUCUACUGGUUGGAAGCGACUAUGGGUAAGCCCCAGAACCCUGAAAGGCAUAGGAUCGCAGCUCCAACAGCUCGGGAAGCCAGACCGGAGGUAGCGGAUAGCGCCCCGGGAGUGGAGGUAGCUGACAGCGCCCCACCUGCCCAGGUGGAUGCGAGGCCUCUUGGCGACGCUCCCCUGGAAGAGCCGCCUGAACCUGAAGGAGAGGCCGGGCGUAAGGCUAAGCACAAGAAGGUACCCCCGAGUGUCAGUGCUGAGAUGCGUGCUGAACACGAGUUAACACACCUUCCAUUUCGGAGUUGGUGUGAGUCUUGCGUGGUGGGGAAGGGCACCGAAGACUUCCAUCAAAGGCGCCAAGAAGAAAAGAAAGAGGACGUAGCAAGGUACUGUAUCGACUACUGCUUCUUCACGAAAGCCUUGUCCCAGGAAGCAGCUUCCACUGACGCCAAGGACAUCCUCGAGGCCAAAGCUGGUGCCAAGGCCGUUUUGGUUUGCAGGGACCAAAAGUCAGGGGCUCUGUUUACGGGUGUAGCUAACAGCAAGGGCGCCGGGGAUCCGUAUUCCAUGGCUUUUGCGCUAGAAGGGAUGAAGUUCUGUGGUCACCCAGACAUGAUAGUUGUUAGCGAUACUGAGCCAGCUAUCAAAAGUUUAGGUGAAGAACUUGUUAAGAGGUACCCCAAGAAAGCAAGCAGUCAACCAGUGCCCAAAGGAGACCACAAGGCCAACGGUGCAGCUGAGCGAGCUGUGCUGGAACUUAGCAACCAAGUCAGGACCCUUAAGGUAGCCUUUGAACAAAGGUACCCCACCAUUAAGGUCACAGAGGACUCGCUCGUGUUUCCUUGGAUGGUUCGUCACGCAGGAUGGCUUUGUACAAGGUAUGGCAUCAAGCAUGACGGUCGUACAGCCUACGAGAGGCUUCGGGGUAGGACCUACAAGGGCGAAGUUGUUGAGUUUGGAGAGGUCGUUCUGUUCCGUAUUUCGAAUCAGAACUUAAGAAAGCUUGAGGAUCGUUGGUCAUGUGGGGUUUGGCUAGGCAAAAGUUUGAGCAACGAUGAGCACUUCGUGGCAACAGCCAACGGCAUCCAGAGGUGUCGCUCGGUUCGUAGGCGAGUUGAGGCCAAGCGCUUUGACCCCACGUUUGUUCUGAGGAUGGUAGGCGCACCUUGGCAGCCUCGAGGCACGCCAGAAAGGACCCCCGAUGCUCCGGGAAGACCCUUGCCAGCUGGAAGGUUGGAGGGUGUAGUGCCUAAACCUCGUGGUGUGUACAUCACGGUUGAAAGACAGAUCAAGCAUGGUAGGACACCAGGCUGCCCUGGGUGCGAUACCUCUUACGGUGACGCCCCAGUCAAGCACAAUGCCACGUGCAGAGCCAGGUUUGAAAAGCUGUGCAGGGCACCUGUGGUUGCGGAAACAGCGCCCGGGGACGACACAGUUGAGCCAUCAAGCAAUGGAGGGGAUGAUCCGAUGGGUGCCGGCCCUGGCCCCUCGGAUAAGCAGGCAAGUUCAGAGGCCGCGGGUAGUCGCGCCUCUGGGUCUGGCUCGGUGGCUGCCGGUUCUGGCGCCCCGAGUGAAAGAAAGCGAGGUGGGUUGGACCUUAGCGACAGCCCCCUCAAGGAGGCCAGGACCUCGGAACCUGCUCGGGCCUCAGACAGCCCAAGGUCCCCUAGCAGAAAGCGUGAAGCGGAAGGCAAAACGGAGGAGGUUGAAGAAGAAAUGGUGGCAGGAUUGCCAACAAUGCACGUGGCGGCCAUGGUGAUCAGUGACAGAAUGAUCGCAUCAGCAGCGAAGGAGCUCGAGAAACCGGUCUACGAUGAGAAGACUGGAAAGUUGCUGGACCCCGAGAAGGUGAAGAUCGGGAGGAUGAAAGAGAUGACCAAGAUGGAGUCCUUUGGAGUCAAAGGCGACAUCACAUAUGAUGAAGCCAAGGCGAAGGGGCUCAGACUGGUGAAAUCCAGGUGGAUCGACACCGAGAAGGAGAUCGAAGGGAAGCCUGGAGUCAGGAGUCGCUUGGUCGCUCAGGAAGUGAACACUUACAAGCGAGAAGAUGUAUCGAUGGGAACGCCUCCCAUUCGAGUGCAUCGAGCUGUGAUUUCGCACGCAGCCACAGCGAGGCCCGGUGAGAGCAAGAGCAAGAAGCUGAUCGGAAGAUAUGAUGUGAGCGUGGCCUUCUUCCACGCCGACAACAGCGAAAAGAUUGGGGUAAUACCCCCGGCGUCAGAAGGAACUCCCAACAUCAUCUGGGAGUUGCACAAGGCGAUGAACGGAACCCGGGAAGCCUCUAGGCAAUGGGGAGUGAAGAUCCGUGAGGUGAAAACAAGACACAAUUUCGACGAGCUGCUGUUGUGCCCCAACACCUACUACUUGAAAGAGCAUGAUCUAUGCUUGUCGUGCCACGGUGACGAUUUCCUGGCGAGUGGAGAAAGAGAAGCUCUCGACAUGCUGGACAAGAUCAUGGAGGAGAACUACGAGGUGAAAGUGCUACCGAGAAUCGGUGACCCAGCUCAUGGAGGGGAAGUCUCAGAAGGACGCCAUCUUGGGCGCCUGAUCAAGUGGACAGGCUCAGGAUUUACCUGGGAAUGCGACCCCAAGUUUGCCCCACAAGUCAUCGAGGAACUCGAGCUAAAAGGGUGCAAAGGAGUUGACACUCCUGCUUCGAAGGCCACAGGCGUGGGAAACAGAGAAGUGGAGAAGGAGCUCAGCCGUGAGAGGGCCGAGGUCUUCAGACGAGUGACUGGCACCAUCCUUUACAUGGCAGUCGACCGUCCCUCGUUGCAGUACGCAGCAAGUGAACUGGCUGAAGGGAUGAGCAAGCCCUUGGAGAUUCAUUGGCUAAGGCUGAAGCGCGUCGGAAAGUACAUUGCCAAGUACCCCGUCGAGAAAUGGCACUUCGAAUUGCAAGAAGCACCUGCGCAGCUAGAGUCCUUUUCAGACUCAGACUGGGCAACAGAUCGCAGAACCAGAAGGUCUAUGAGUUCCACGUAUCAGAGGUUUGGGAAGCACCUCCUAGACACGAGUUGUGGUCGACAAAGUCUCGUGGCCCUAUCGUCGGGCGAGGCCGAGUUCUAUGCCAUGGUCAAGACAGCAGCAGAAGGAAAGCUUACAACAGAGAUCCUCCGACACUUUGGUUGGAAGGUCGAGCACCGAGUGCUGAGCGAUAGCUCGGCCGCCAGGUCGAUGGCACAGAGGGUAGGGUGUGGAAAAGUCAAGCACUUAUCCCUGAAGGAGAUGUGGAUACAGCAAGCAGUUCGAAACAAAGAACUUUCCAUAGGCAAAGUGGAUACGCUCAUGAACAUCUCGGAUCUUGGCACGAAGGCUUUAGAAGCAGCCAGAAUGGACUCGCUGAUGAAGCAGCUGCCCUUGGAAAGGGGCAUCGUGGCAGCUGUGGUCAGCUGCUGUUUGGAGAAAGUCCAAGCAGCUCCAGUUCAGAGUGAAGAGGUCUGGUGGUUGAACCUUUACUUAGGGUUGGUUCACCUGUUGGCCUUGGUUGGGUUGCUGUUUGCCAGCUACAAGGGAGUUGAAGUGCUUUUGAAAGGUUGGCACUGGUUGUGUGGAAGGGGCAAUAGGCCCAGUGUAGCGCAGUCCAGUGCAGCCAUGGCACUCAGUCGUCGUGACACUCCUCGUGGCAGCGGUGCUGAGGAGGCUCAACACAGUGCAGAGGUUCCUACAACACGGAUGCCAUCUGUCCCCGAGGGAACCUCCGUGCUGAGAUCCCCUGCUGGACAGAGUGACAGUGACAGGAUGAGUUUCCGUGGUGACGCCAGAACUGGUGUCGACGAUCGAGUCAGAGUGGUGAGAGAUACCUUGAGCCUGCUCACGGUGGAAGAACUCAAGAGUGGCCUACGAGUGGAAGGGCUCCAGGUGACAGGGUUGAAGCAAGACCUGAUGGAGCGACUUCUGCACAAGUUCGAUGGUGGAGAUGAAUCGCUGUCGGACCGGCCAAGCACCAAGCAGCUGAGGUAUGUGCUCUACAUCCAUCGUCAUCGAGCCCAAUGCCGAAUUCAGUAUGAGAAUCUUCGGACUCGUGGAGAGACUUCGAAGUGGAUCGCCAACUGGAAGGUCUGA